AUGAUUGGAAGUGGUUUUACCAGUUUGCAGUGCAGACAGUUGGGUAAGAUCUGCCCCACCUUGUAUAAAGCCGUAUAAAGCAUCUUUGUGUUUGCAGGCACUUUGCUCACUUGGACGGAUUGUGACACAGCUAUGGCAUUUGUUCCAGCUCCCGGCUACCAGCCAGCGUUCAACCCCCCGGUACCUUACACAACAAUGAUUGCUGGUGGGCUGCGAGAAGGAAUGGCCAUCUUUAUCCAAGGUGCUCUACCCAGUCAUCAUAACAGGUUUACCAUAAAUCUUUCCACUGGCCAAUAUGAAGGCUCAGACAUUGCUUUCCACCUGAAUGCACGCUACGAUGGCCGUGACCGUGUGGUUUUCAAUUCGUAUCAGGGGGGGGAGUGGAAAGAGGAGGAGAUGAAGCGAGAGAUGCCGUUUAAAUCAGGAAAAGUCUUCCAACUGGUCUACCAGAUCACUCGCAACAACUACCAGGUGUCAGUAAACUGUGCUCCAUUCUAUGAAUUCGCUCACCGGAUUCCAAUGGAACGAGUCCAAUGGCUACAGGUGUCUGGGGACAUCACACUGCAGUAUCUGUGCAUCAUAGGAAGUGGCCCAGGGGUGAAAGGGGGUCUGGUCAUGUCGGCCCCACAAGGGGAGCUUCCGCCCAUGCUUGGACCCCCCAUUCUAAAUCCAGCCAUGCCUUUCACUACAAGUAUCCGCGGGGGGAUGACCCCAAAACGCACAGUGGUUGUGAAAGGGUUGAUGAACUCAAACGCCAAGAGCUUGAUAAUCAACUUUAAGGUGGGAUAUUGCAAUGACAUCGCUCUGCACAUCAAUGCCCGAAUUAAUAAGUCAACGCUCAUCAGGAACAGCUUUGUGAAUGGAGCCUGGGGAGAAGAGGAGAAGGAGGUCACAAAGUACCCCUUCAAACAGGGAGACUUCUUCGAUAUCUCUGUCCGCGGUGGGGAGAAGCGGUUUAAGGUUUAUAUAAAUGGUCAUCACUGCUUCAACUAUGAACAUCGGCUCUGGAACCUGCAACAAAUCGACACACUAGAGGUGGAAGGAGAUGUGAAGUUGUGCUUUGUCCACUUGUAACGGAGCCUGUAUCUAGCACGCCUGUAACAACAUCUGCAUUCAUUCAACUCAUUGUCCAUCCACCCAACCCUCUAACCAAAACUGUAUUCAUCUAACCAUUUUCCAUCAACCCAACUCUCUAACCAAAUCUGCAUUUAUCUAACCAUUUUCCAUCCACCCAACCCUCUAACCAAAUCUGCAUUCAUCUAACCAUAUUCCAUCCACCCAACCCUCUAACCAAAUCUGCCUUCAUCCAACCUUUGUCCAUUAACCCAAAUCUCUAACCAAAUCUGUAUUCAUCUAAGCAUUGUCUAUCCCGUUAACCAAAUCUGCAUUUAUCCAACUCCUCCGCUACAAAAUUAUGUCUCUGACUAUCCAGCUGUGUCUCUAACCAAACUUUCUUACACCAAACCAUGCAACUCAACACCCAUUUAACUUCCGCUUACCCCCCGCCACCAUCUGUUUU